AUGCACGAGGCCCUGCAGGCAGUAGUUCUAAAACCCAUCAUGAAGAGCAUAGGCGAUCUUCAGUGGAGUGUUGACGAACUCAAGAAAGAAAAGGCUGAGACCAAAGAGAAGGAGAAGUGUCUCAAGAAAAACCUAGAUGACCUUGGUGACCAACUGGCGUCCGUGGUUCAGAAUAUGCAUGACCUCCAGAGCAAGUUGUAG